AGCCCUGCAAGACUCUCAGUUGGGAGGGAAACUUGGAGCCAGACCUGCUGAAGGCUGAAGAAAAGCUGCAAUGGAGCUGAUCCCCAACCUUUCUAUAGAAACCUGGGUGCUGCUGGCUAUCAGCCUGGUGCUCAUCUACAUAUAUGGUACCUAUUCUCAUGGGACUUUUAAGAAGCUUGGAAUUCCUGGACCAAAACCCCUGCCUUUUUUUGGCACCAUUUUAGGCUAUCAUGAUGGUACAUGGAAAUUUGACGAAACGUGCUAUAAAAAGUAUGGGAAAAUAUGGGGGUUUUAUGACGGUCGAGUGCCUGUGCUGGCUAUUGCAGAUCCAGAGAUCAUCAAAACAGUGCUGGUGAAAGAAUGCUACUCAAACUUCACAAACCGUCGGUCUUUUGGGCCAGUGGGAUUUAUGAAAAAGUCAAUCACCAUAUCUAAGGAUGAAGAAUGGAAGAGACUUCGAACACUACUGUCUCCAGCUUUCACCAGCGGAAAACUCAAGGAGAUGUUCCCCAUCAUUGGACAGUAUGGAGAUACGUUGGUGAAAAACUUGAGACGAGAAGAAGAGAAAGGGAAGCCCGUCAAUAUGAAAGAAAUCCUUGGAGCUUAUAGCAUGGAUGUGAUCACUGGCACAUCAUUUGGAGUGAAUGUCGAUUCCCUCAACAACCCAGAGGAUCCCUUUGUGCAGAAGGCCAGGAAGAUUUUAAAGUUUAAUUUUUUUGAUCCCUUUAUUCUCUCCAUAAUACUGUUUCCAUUCCUUACCACAAUAUAUGACUUGUUAAGGUUCUCCAUUUUUCCAAGACAAUCAACAAACUUUUUCAAAAAAUUUAUAACAACGAUGAAGAAAAAUCGCCUUCAUUCAAACCAGAAGACCCGAAUGGAUUUUUUUCAGCUGAUGAUGAACACUCAGAAUUCCAAAGGCAAAGAGUCCCAGAAAGCUCUUUCCGAUCUAGAAAUGGCAGCACAAGCCAUUAUUUUCAUUUUCGCUGGUUAUGAAUCCACAAGCACCUCCAUUUGUCUCGUAUUGUAUGAACUGGCCACCCACCCUGAUGUGCAGAAGAAACUUCACGAUGAGAUUGACAGCGCUCUGCCCAAUAAGGCACCUGUCACCUAUGAUGUCCUGAUGGGCAUGGAGUACCUGGACAUGGUGAUAAAUGAAGGUCUCAGAUUGUACCCAAUUGCUAACAGGCUAGAGAGGAUCUCGAAGAAGGCUGUAGAAAUCAAUGGACUGUUCAUUCCUAAAGGGAUUACAGUUAUGGUACCAACCUAUCCUCUUCAUCGGGACCCUGAGUACUGGCCAGAGCCUGAGGAGUUCCGCCCUGAAAGGUUCAGCAAAGAGAACAAGGGCAGCAUUGAUCCUUAUGUAUACAUGCCCUUUGGGAACGGACCCAGGAACUGCAUUGGCAUGAGGUUUGCCCUCCUAAGCAUGAAACUGGCUGUCGUCAGUGUCCUGCAGAACUUCACCCUCCAGACUUGUGAGCAAACAGAGAACCACCUGAAGUUCGCCAGGCAAAUAAUUCUCCAGCCAGAAAACCCCAUCAUCCUGAAGAUCAUAUCAAGAGAUAAACCCAUAACCGGAGCAUGAAUUUCCCUCAGGAAUUAUGCUAUAUUCUUCAAUGGGACUGUGUCACAGAACACCAGCAAAUUUAAUUUAGCACAGAAUGUAGCACAGAUGAAAUUGGCUUACUGAACUUUCAUUGAUGAUUGAGAACUCAGUACUUCACUGAAUGUGUUCAGUGUCUAUAGGGAGUAUUAUCUAUUGUGUAAUUCAAUGGAAAUAAUUAAGUCAAUGAUAGUUGUGGAGAUUCAUCUUCUGAUUCUCUUGUAACCAUCUACACUAAUUGCAAUUAGUUCCAUCAAUUCUGAGCUCCAACUGUAGUAACUGUUUCUUUAUAGUUCUAUCAAUAAUUUUUAUGAAAAUAGAAACUAUUGUGUUGACUGUUAGUAAAAAUAUAUCAAACUGUUUCUUUGUAAAAUUUUAUGAUAUUGAGGAUAUAAAUAAAUAUCUC